AUGACCUGCAGCUGUUCUUAUAGGGCAGACGACACUCUCUUUGACCUCACCUCUGGUGCUUCCCCUGCCCCUGCUGCUGAUGCUGACGCCACUGUUCGCUCCCAGUGGGCCACGCGCGACGCUGCUGCACGUCUUGCUGUGCGUCGCCACCUCCCUACCUCCGAGCGUGCGCACUUUAGUCAGUACAAGAGUGCUCAGACCUUGUACGACGCUGUAGUUGCACGCUACUCCUCCCCUGCCACUGCUGCACUGAGCCGUCUCAUGCUGCCGUACCUCUUCCCUGACCUUGCUGCCUUUCCCACAGUCGCUGACCUCAUUACGCACCUCCGCACUAGUGACACUCGCUACCGCGCUGCGCUUCCUGCUGACUUCUGUGAACCCCCCCCCCCCCCUAUGUACAUCACCCUCUACUUCAUAGUCACUCACCUCCCUGACUCCCUUAGAGUAGUCCGGGACCACUUCCUCGCAGUGUGCCCCACCACUCUCACCAUUGACCUCCUCGAGAAGGCCCUCCUAGCGGCGGAGAAGAGCAUAGUCGCUGUAGGAGCCUCUCGUGGUGACCCCCGCACCCCUGUCUUUGAGGGUCGGUCGGUGCUGCGUCUGCCCCUUCGGGGAAGCGCCGCACAGGCAAGGGCAAGGGGGGCAAGGGCGCUGGAGGAGUUGGCGGGGGCGGUGGAGGUGGCGGUGGAGGCGGCGGAGGGAGUGGGAGUGGUGGUGGGAGUGGUGGAGGAGGUGGGGGUACCGGUGGCAGCAGUGGGGGCGGAGGCGGCGGCGGUGGCGGAGGGAGCGGAGGAGGCGGUGGUAGCGGAGGCGGCGGUGGUGGGGGAGGCGGCGGUGGUGGCGGAGGCGGCGAAGGCGGCGGAGGUGGCGGUGGAGCUGGUCGCGGGUCUACGCAAAGGAGUGGCUCCGGUGGUGCGGGGUGGGGGUUUUGGUCCGUGCACCUACGUCCUGCGCACCGGCGACCGUGCGGGUGAGCAGUGUGGGGGUGCGCACCCCACCCAGCGCUGCUUUGGCCGCCUGACGGACGCGUGGCGUCACGAGUUCCCUGAGGCCACUGAGAUCCCUCGCUGGGGCGAGCUGUCUAGGGCGGGAGUUGCCAUCUAUGAUCUUGAUUUUGAUGCCAUUCUUUCUGCCAUGUAUGCUGUGACUAUUAGUGAUGAGGGUGACUGUUACCGGUGUUUCCCGCCCGAUCCGGGCAUUGAGGCUGCUGCUCUAGGUACUGGUGCGGCUGCUGCCCUAGGUGCUUGCGACGCUGCUGCUCUAGGUGCUAGUGCGUCUGCGUCCUCAGGUACUGGUGAGUCUGCGCUCUCAGGUACUGCGUCGGCUUCGGCCUCCCUCACCUUCACCCUUGACUCUGGGGCUUCUCGCUCCUUCUUUCGAGACCGCACCACACUUACGCCGCUUAGUCGGCCAGUUGCGGUGUCUCUGGCUGACCCCUCUGGGGGUCCUAUCCUGUCUCACUUCUCCACAGUCCUCCCGUGUCCGGCGGCUCCCUCUGGCGCCCUGUCUGGUCUCUACCUCCCCUCGUUCUCUACGAACUUGGUGAGUGGUGCUGACCGACAGGAUGGGGGAGUGCACCAGUUCACUCCUGCGCGUUUGCGAGUGACGCACUGCACAAAGGCUCGCACAGGCCGACACUUGGCUACGUUUACACGUCAGCCGGGGUCGAGCCUGUACACACUAACCACUGCGUCUCCUCCUGUUGCUGAGUCUGGUAGGGUAGCUGCGUCGGGUCAAGUGUUUUCUGCAGCGUCCAGGUCCCUCCCUCCCCUUCCUCAGGGGCCUGGCCCUUCCUGUGUCCCUUGUGUCGAGGGGCGUCAGCGGGCUGCCCCUCACUCCUCCCAGUUUCCUCCGACAGAGGCCCCGCUGCAGACGCUUCACAUGGACGUGUGGGGCCCAGCCCGCGUCCGUGGACAGGGUCACGAGCGCUACUUCCUGCUUGUUGUUGACGACUACUCGUGUUACACCGCAGUCUUCCCCUUGCGCAUCAAGGGUGAUGUCACUGAGGUGCUGAUCGACUGGAUCCGCACAGCUAGUCUCCAGCUCAGGCAGAGCUUUGGCUCGGACUUUCCUGUUCUGCGUCUGCACUCGGACAGAGGCGGAGAGUUUUCCUCUGGCCUUCUGAGAGCCUACUGUCGCGCACGAGGCAUCCGUCAGACCUUCACGCUUCCGGACUCUCCGCAGCAAAAUGGGAUCGCUGAGCGCCGCAUUGGCAUGGUCAUGGACGUCGCUCGUACGUCCAUGAUGCAUGCGGCUGCCCCCCAUUUUCUGUGGCCGUUUGCGGUGAGGUACGCGGCGCAUCAGAUCAACCUCCACCCCAGGGUCUCCAGGCCGGAGACCUCCCCAGCCUUGCUGUGGACGGGGAAGGUUGGCGAUGCGUCGACGUUCCGGGUCUGGGGAUCUCGGGCGUUUGUCCGCGACUUGUCUGCGGACAAGUUGUCCCCUCGUGCUACUCCUUGCGUCUUCCUGGGGUUCCCCCCUGACGCGCCUGGGUGGCAGUUCUACCACCCCACCUCUCGCCGUGUUCUGUCCUCCCAGGACGUCACGUUUGACGAGUCGGUCCCCUACUACCGCAUCUUUCCCUACCGCACUCCGUCCCUCCCCCCGCCCCCGCUCUUCCUUGUCCCAGGUCCCCCCCCGGUAGACCCCCUCCCCCCUCAGGGUCCAGCCCCUUCAGGUGUGUCCCAGGUAGACGCAGUCGAGCCUGUCGAGGUUACUAGGGACUCUGGUGCUGCUGAGGGUGCUGAGCCUGGGGGUGCUGAGACUGAGGGUGCUGAGCCUGGGGGUGCUGAGACUGGGGGUGCUGAACCUUGGGGUGCUGAGCCUGGGGGUGCUGUGCCUGGGGUUGCUACGCCUGGGGGUCCUACGCCUGGGGGUGCUGUGACUGGGGGUGCUGAGCCUGUGGGUGCUGAGCUUGGGGGUGCUGAGCUUGGAGGUGCUACUCCUGGAGGUCCUCCGGGUGCUUCGUCUCGCUGGGAGACACUCUCUCCUCCGGAGCUACGAGAGUGGUUUGCCCGGCGCUGGAGGCGUGCUGCUGGAGCUGGAGGUUCUUCGGCUGCUGAGGGUGCUGGUGCCGCGGGUCCCGGAGGUGCUUGUACUGGGAGUACUGGAGCUGCUGGGCUUGCGGGUUCGACUGGAGCUGGUGCUGCUGCGGGCGUUGGUGCUGAGCCUACUGCUCACGGUCCUGCUAGGGGUACUACUGGUGCUGCUGGAGGUUCUGGAGCUAUUGGAGGUGCUGCUGGAGCGGGUGCUCCUGCUGGGGGUACUGGUGCUGUCCCUGCUGUGUCUGGCGUCCUCCUCCUUCUUUAG